AUGGCCCUGAAUCUUCCAUUUGGUUCUAGAUUAAUACCUCUCAUCACUCUCCUUUUUAUCUCCCUUACCCUUCUACUCCUAAUCAAACCAAAUCAAAACAGCAUUCACCACUUCAAGAAUGUAACACAGAGCCCAGAAUGGUACAAUGUCCUGAUGAAAGAAACCCAAGGGAAGAAGAUCAAGGUUGGUUUACUUAACAUUGAUGAAGGAGCUGAUGAAAUUGAUCAACUGCAUGGACUCGUCGAGAUAGUCACAGUUCGUUUUGAUCAUGUGAACAAGGAUCGCCAAUGGUUAGACUUCUUCCCGGAGUGGAUGGAUGAAGAUGAGAUAGAAGGUCCACCAUCAUGCCCAGAAAUCCCCAUGCCGGAGUUUGAGGAUUAUCAUGGACUUGAUGUGGUGGUUGUUCAGGUUCCAUGCAAAAGAGGGUCAGACAAAGAAGGCAUCAGGGACGUGUUUAGGUUACAACUCAACCUAGUGGCUGCUAAUCUGUUGGUGAGGAGUGCUGGAUGGAAGAAUCACAGUAAUUAUCAAUGGGAUCGGACAGUGUAUGCUGUGUUCAUCGGUUCUUGUGGGCCCAUGCGUGAAAUUUUUAGAUGUGACGAUCUCCUGGUGCAUGAAGAAGAGUUUCUGGUCUAUAAGCCACAUUUGAGGAAACUAACACAAAAGGUGCGCAUGCCUGUUGGGACUUGCCAGAUUGCACCUCCUCAUGAAGAACCAGGUGAAGAAGUGGGGAGAAGAGCUGAACACUCCACAGCCAAUAACACUGAUCUAUUGAAACCAAGGGAGGCCUAUGUGACCGCUCUUCAUUCUUCAGAUACCUAUGUUUGUGGGGCAAUAGCUUUGGCCCAAAGCCUCAUCCAAACUAACACUACAAAAGACUUAAUCCUUCUUGCUGAUGACUAUAUAACUACGAGAUCCCUGCAAGGUCUAAGAGCAGCAGGAUGGAAGAUCAAGCACAUUGAGCGCAUCCGAAGUCCACAUGCUAAAAGAAAGAUUUAUAGUGAAUGGAACUACAGCAAGCUCAGGAUAUGGCAACUCACAGAAUAUGAUAAAAUUAUUUACAUAGAUGCUGACCUCAUAGUUCUUGACAACAUCGACAAGUUCUUUGUUUACCCACAGCUGUCAGCAGCCGCAGAUAUUGAUUCUGUGUUCAAUUCUGGGGUCAUGUUGGUUGAGCCAUCCCAGUGUACUUUUGAGACCCUAAUGGAAAAAAUGUUCAAAGUGGCAUCAUAUGAUGAGGCUGAUCAGGGUUUUCUUAAUGAGAUGUUUACCUGGUGGCAUCGAUGGCCUUCGAGGAUAAACCACCUUAAGAUAUUUGAUCGAGUGGUUGACAAGAAGCAUGAGAUUCCUGGAAAUUCUUCUGUAAUACAUUACAUGGGGUUGAAACCAUGGAUAUGCCUUGCAGAUGAUUAUGACUGUAACUGGGACAUACUGGGACUUCAUCGAUUUGCCAGUGACUCUGCUCAUCGGAGGUGGUUGCAGGUCUAUGAGGCCAUGCCUAAAAAGCUACAAUGGUAUUGUGAGCUCACCAUACAAGAAGAUCCACACAUUGAAAGGAUAAAAAAAUGGAGAGAGAGCUACAAGGAUGGUACCUUUUUUCAGGGGACUUGGAAAAUCUACCUUCUGAUUCCUUUGUUUAUCUUUUUCUCUCUUGUUGUUCUUCAGAGGGAGAAGGUUAUUUCAACCAUUGCGCAUGUAUUAUCUCUUGCCAGACCUUACUUUGACAAGAAGAGCAAUUGAAAAGAAAAGGAAA